UGAUUAAAGAAUUUCGGGAAAGAUAUGGUGUUGAAAAUUCUUGUGUAUUUUUUAGCGGUGAUGUUUUUAAUCCAUCAGUCGAAAGUAGUAUUAGUAAAGGAACUCAUAUGGUACCAGCAAUGAAUGAUUUUGGAAUCGAUGCUGCUUGUAUUGGAAACCAUGAUUUCGAUUUUGGCUUGCCAACUCUUAAGGGAUUAGUUGCAAUGACUAAAUUCCCUUGGCUCCUUUCUAAUGUUAUUGAUUCGAUAACUGAUGAAGCUGUGGCUGGAAGUAAAAAAUUUGUAGUUUUGGAAAAGAAUGGACUCAAAAUUGGAAUUAUAGGAUUGGUUGAAAAAGAAUGGCUUGAAACCAUUCCUAAUCUUGCAUCAAGUUUAAAAUAUAAAGAUUUUAUAAGCGUUGGCAAUGAGCUUUCUGCAAAAUUGCGUGACCCUAACGGUCCUCACGCCGUUGAUAUUAUUAUUGCUCUCACUCAUUGUCGAUUAUCAAAUGAUAUUCUACUUGCUAAACAAUGUAAAGACUCUAUUGAUUUAAUUCUUGGAGGACACGAUCAUUUUUAUUACGUUGGUAAAGGAUGUAAUGUCAUUGAUGGGUGGACCAGAGAAGAAUUAGAAGAUGCUAAGGAUGAUGAUGGUGUAAGAGUCGUGAAGAGUGGAACUGAUUUCAGAGAAUUAAGUAUCAUAGAUCUCGAUAUCGAUGAAAAUACUAAUAAAGAUGAUGGUAAAUCCCUUAGAAGAAUAAAAACUGUGACUGUAACACGACGAGAAAUUAACUCAUCCAUUGUUGAAGAUGAACAUUUUCUUGAUUUAAUUGCUUCGGCUACUUCUGAAAUCUUUAAAAAUAUGUCAAAGCCUAUAGCUUAUACUGCAACACCCUGGGAUUGUCGUUCCUCGAUGCUUCGUACACAAGAGAAUGCAUUUGCAAACUUUAUUGCGGAUUUAAUGCUUUAUGCUUAUCAACCAUGUAUCCAAUUUAAUAUUGAUUGCGCUAUCUUAUGCGCUGGAACCAUUCGAUCUGAUUCAAUAUAUGAUGGGGAAAUCACUUUAGGCGAUAUUCUCGAAAUAUUUCCCUUCGAGGAUACUGUUGUUGUUAUUCGUGUUACUGGACAGCAGAUAUGGGAUGUUCUACAAAGUGCCCUUUCAAUGGUUCCUAAACAGGAAGGUCGUUUCCCGGUUGUAAGUGGAUUAAAAGUGGAAUAUAAUCGUAAUGCUGAACCUGGCGAUCGUUUGCGAAAUGUAUGGUUAACCGAAAGACAAAAUUCAUCCGAAGAUGGUGAAGGUGAUGAAGAUGAAUCCAUAUCUGAAGAUCCUGGUCCACAUCGUAUUAUUGGAAAACUUGAUAUGCAAAAAAUAUAUACUGUUUGUACGCGGAAUUAUUUGGCUAUGGGUUACGAUGGAUACAAAGCUUUUAAUGAACCAACUACACAAUACCUUGUGGAUUCUGAAAAUGGUAUGCUUCUUAACACUUUAAUUAGACGGUAUUUCCUUGGCCUUUAUUAUAUUAGCGCAAUUAAGUUUAAUAUGAGCUGUGAAGCUCGUACAAAAGAAGCUGUUCUUAGAGCUGUGGCUUCAUGGAAAAAGCUUGCUGAGACAAAACGAGAAAAAUCCGCGUAUGAAAAUAUAUCUCGCAAAAGAAUUAGUAAUGCUCUAUCUAUCUCUAUGGGUGAAUAUGUGCAGAUACAAGAGGAUAGUGAAGAAACAACACCUACACCAACACCAGCAGUAGAGAUAGAACCAAAGAAAAUAGAAUUUGUAAAGGAUUGGGUUACUGUUGCACCAAUGAUUGAAGGUAGAAUUGUAACCGUGGAUUUUUAA